UUUCGAUUCAUUUUGGUUGAUUUGUUUGUGCUGUGCGGACGUUUUUCAAAGCUAUAUUAUUAUUAUUUUUCGAGUUUCAUUGGAGAAAACUUAUCAGUAAAAAUGUCGUCGAGUGCAUCUUUACGUAGUUAUAAAAACACCGGGAAAACGAUGGAUCAUCUGAAGAAUAAGCGAAGAGAAGGGGCGGUUCAAAUUCGAAAACAUCAUCGCGCUGAACAACUUCUGAAGCGUCGAAAUAUCGUUCUGGAAGACUUGAACACAAGCCCACUGAAAGAGAUCAACAGUGAAUAUUCUACAUCGACCGGAAUAUCCAUGAACUUUGAGGAAAUUGUGCAAGGUAUUUUCUGUGAUUCUGACAAAGAGAAACAGUUUCUUUGCACACAAAAUGCCAGAAAAAUUUUGUCUCGUGAGCGGCAUCCACCUAUUAACAAAAUGAUAGAAGCUAACAUUAUUCCGAAGCUUGUAACAUUCCUGAAAUGGGAUGACAAUCCACAGAUGCAAUUUGAAGCUGCCUGGGCCCUGACAAACAUUGCAUCGGGAAAUAGUGAGCAAACUUGUGCUGUAGUCCAUGGAGGUGCCGUCCCAAACCUCAUUGAAAUGCUUUCUCAUUCUGCCAUGAAUGUUGUUGAACAAGCAGUUUGGGCGCUUGGCAAUAUCGCUGGUGACGGAGCGCCGAUGCGUGACUAUCUUCUUGAUAAAGGUAUUGUGAAACCACUCAUCGCUCUCGUGAAAGACGAUGCACAAGUCUCCUUUUUACAAAAUCUCACGUGGACGAUUUCGAAUCUAUGCCGAAACAAAAAUCCACACACUUCUCUUCCGUAUGUCGUUCAACUUCUACCGACGAUCGUCAAGCUUGUUAAUUGCGUCGAUAAGCAAGUUCGAACAGACGCUUGCUGGGCACUCAGCUACAUCACAGACGGACCAAACGAACGAAUCGAACUCGUCAUUAAGACCGGCGUUGUCGAGACACUCGUGCAUAUCCUAUCAAGUAUUCAAGAUGUUCUUGUCAUCACACCGGUCCUGCGAACCCUCGGAAACAUCGUCACUGGCACUGACCAACAAACCCAACUUGUUAUAGACUUGGGAGUGCUUCGAGUCUUCUCACAGCUUUUGCACCACGAAAAGCAGACAAUACAGAAGGAGGCUGCUUGGACAUUGAGCAACAUCACAGCUGGUACUCAAAUCCAAAUUCAAGCAGUGAUUGACGCAAACGUUAUGCCACGAAUCGUUGAGUUGCUCUCACACGGUGACUAUAAAACUCAAAAAGAAGCUUGCUGGACCGUCACAAACUUCACGUCUGGUGCGUCCUUGGAACAACUUUACUAUUUGAUGAAUCUUGGAGCCGUUCCAGGUCUCUGUGGAAUGCUGGCUUCCAAAGAAACAAAAAUACUCCACGUUUGUCUCGACGGAAUUUCGAAUCUGCUCAUAACCGCUGAAAAAAUGAACAAACGAGAUGAGCUUUGUGACGUUAUCGAAGAGUGCGAAGGCAUCGAUAAAAUCGAAAAAUUACAGCAGCACGAGAACGAAACUGUCUACUCGAUGGCGUUACAUAUCAUUGACCGAUUCUUCGCCGAAGAAGACCAGGAGCAUGAAGAACUCGCACCAGGAGCGGUGAACGGUGAAUUCCAGUUUACAGCACAACCAGCUACUACUCAGUACACUUUAUAAAAGCACAGACUUUCUGAAAUUUUUUUGAUGCGUGAUAAAAUGACUUUUUGCUGUUGAUACAAACUUGAAUUUGACAAUUUGACCCAGGAAGUGAUACAGGAUGUAAUAUUACAAUUCCGACACUUUAUCUUCAAGUGUUACUAUUGACAAGAAAAUUUAAAUGUCAGUGAAACAGAAUAUUCAUAUGAGACUCAAAUAUGAUCAUUUUUGAGUCUCCCAGUGUAAAAAACCUUCAUUUCUGAAAAUUAUAAAAUUCAGCAACCAAUCAAAUCGCUGCUCAAACUUUUCUGCAUUUACUAAUUCAAACUCCUAUAUGUGACAAGAAUGACUGUGUAUUAAUUUAAAAAUUCUUUAACCAGGGUUGUAAUUUCUAAUUGUACUAUUAGCAGUUGAGGAUUGGACUAUCCUUCAUCACCCUUUUCAUUCUUAUUAACAUUCUAGAUCUUGAUGUAUAUAAACUAUCAGAUUUAGCAUUUUUCUGCCAUUCCCUGUUGGAACUUUUUCCUUGCUUAUCAGACUAUUAAAACAGGCUUUUGCCAAGUCUUUCUUUCAUUAAUAAAAAUUAAUCAACUUUAUUUCAAUAUGAAAAUGAGUCGUAAUGAUUUAAUAUCUCUGUUAAAGCUUAGAAACAAAUUAUAUGCUCGUUAUUCUCAUCCAACUUAUGAAAUUUUGAUUUUUUAUUCUGCAUGUCAGCUUUUGGCAAGUUUAUUUGGAAUUGUUUAAAAUAACUUCAUUCUUCUUUUUUCUGUAUGAGAAUACCAAAGUCAUAACCAACCA